AUGUAUGGGGGAAAGGGCUCGGGACACACCCGAGCCCAGGCUACCUGCCUUCCUUUAGGACCUGGCUUCAGUUUGGGCCUCUUCCCUAGCAAGUCCCAUUCCCCUCCGCGCCUGCCUGUCAAGUUCAACAAGAACCUCUACAAUGAGGAGGAAGACGAAGACCCGAUGCUCAGCAAGUUCAACUGCACUCACACGGGGGUCUACGUGAUCUCCUACCACAUCACCCUACGCAACCGGACCCUGCGUGCCACAUUGGUGAUUAACUGUGUGAAGAGGCUGUGGAAGCUUGACCUCCUGUAUGGCUAGCACAUCAACCAGGCAUCAAAUCUGGCUCUGCUGCAUCUGGCAGCAGAGGACCAGGUGUGUCUGGAGACGCUAAGGGUGUGGAACAUAGUUUACUCCAGCAGCGAGGACUUCAAGCUCUAUGCCGACCCCAUGGCCUGACCUACGACCUUGCCUGUGAACCCGGCUUGACCUCUACAUGACAUUGACCUCUGCAUGCCAACUUAUGCUGACUCUGAACUGCCUCCAAACUCUUUUCACUAAAAUGAUAAAUCAUCUCUGUCAAUAUAGCUACUGCUACUAACAAUGUUCCUGCUUAUUGUUAUCAAAAUAAUCUGACCAAAUGCUUGCUGUAUUUGGAUGGUGAAGGCUGUAACACUUUAUGCAAUGUUUACACGUUCUUACAAUGCAAU